AUGUCGCUCUGUCUCACCUUUAUCGACUUGAAGAAGUCUUUCGACUCAGUUGAGACGGAAGCGGUAGUGGAAGCCUUGGACAACCAACGUGUCCCUACUCAGUACAUAAAGGUACUUCGAGAGUUGUACAGUGACUUCACGACCAGAAUUUCGCCAUUUUACAAGAAUAUCGUCGUAGACGUGAAGAGGGUGGUCCGACAGGGUGAUACACUCUCACCCAAAAUAUUCACAGCCACCUUCGAGAACGCAAUGCGAAAGUUGGAAUGGGACGACAUGGGAGUGAAGGUUGAUGGUCGGCAGCUACACCAUUUGUGCCUUGCUGAUAACAUCGUGCUGAUAACACCUACUGAAUCUACAAAAGACGAUGUUCAUGCGCAAUGGGUCUCGGAUGCCCCAUUCACGCUCAACGGAACGAACAUAUCCGAAAGCACCAGCUACGUUUAUCUGGGUCGGGAAUUGAACAUGAUGAACGACCUGACCCCCGAGCUGGGCAGGAGGAUACGAGCGGCUUGGGGAGCGUAUAAGAGCAUCGAGGAUGUAAUGAAGAAGACCAGGAACACCCGGCUCCAUGCUCACCUCUUCAACACCACCGUACUUCCUGCUUUGACCUAUGCUUCGGAAACCUGGGCAUUUCGCAAGCAGGAAGAAAACGCGGUGAGCGUCAUUGAACGCGCAUUUGAGAGAGUGAUGCUAGGAGUAUGCCGUUUUUCUCAAGUGAGGGACGGGAUUCGAAGUUCUCUACUACGUCAGCGAUCGAAGAUUAGAGACGCCGCCGCAUUUGCCAAGGAAAGUAAAAUAAGGUGGGCCGGACACGUGAUGCGCUUUAACGAGAACCGUUGGACCAGAGCCGUAAGCGACUUGAUACUACGUGACAUCAAACGUACCGCAGGAAGAACGCCGACCCGAUGGUCAGACCUCUUUACGAUGCGCUUUAACGACAACCGUUGGAACAGAGCCAUGAGCGACUGGGUUCCCCGCGAUAUUAAGCGCACUAAAGGAAGAUCCGAUAGUCAGAUUUCUUCACGAAGUCUUUCAAAGAAAAUUAUGAUGCCCAUCGUGUCCCACGCAAAAGGAGGAACCAACCAAAAGGAGGAAUCUGGCACGCGAUCGAGACAAAUGGAAGAAUUGCUGGCGCCCGCUCGACCAGCUCGAAGAUCAACGGGAGUCAAGGUGAUCAAGGCAGAUGUGGAUCUCUUCAUGACCUCAAACGGGAAUCAGGGUGGACGGACAACCGAUAGAACUCGUCGAUGA